GUAGCAUUGUAAUGUAGUAUUGUGCCCAAACGCAUUUUUCAACAUUUCUGUCGCUUCUUUUCGCUUCGCAAGUCGUCAAGUGCAUUUCUGCAAAAAGAGAAAUGGGUUUUCAAAAUAUUUGGUACUCACAUCCACGAAAAUAUGGGCAAGGAUCUAGAUCCUGCCGCGCUUGUGCAAAUAGACAUGGAUUGAUUCGCAAAUAUGGUUUAAAUAUUUGUCGACAAUGCUUUAGAGAAUAUGCUGCUGAUAUUGGUUUCAAGAAGCUGGAUUAAUGUGUGGCAACAAUGUAAUGGGCAACAAUUUUUCAAAAUUCCAAACACAAACAUACAUGAAUGUAAAAAUCAAGCAGCAAUUCCCACAUCAAUCUUCAUCGAUAUUUGAAUUAGUUCGAAAAUAACUAAAUUAUAUUGUAUUUAAUACAACUAUGAGAUACAAUAAAAUGAAUUUCUAUUAAA